CGGGGAGGUUGCACAACGCCAUCUUUAAACCCCACAAGAGGCCAGCUACAGUUGCACACCGGGAUGAAAAACACUGCCCGUACAGCAGGAUAUAUAACAUCAGAUCGUGGAGAUAAUAUGAUUGAAUCCAGGUUAAAUUAAUAAUAAGCAGCUGUCUGGGGAUACCGCGAGGAGACGGUCACGGGACAUCGCGAGAACCCUGAGCUGUGUGUUAUCACAGGCGGACAACAACAAUAGACGGAAAGACAACAACAACGGACUAGCUCGCUAACUCGCUCGCUAGCAUCUUGUUACCAAAUGCUAACUGACGGCUCGCAAACGUUAGCAACUUAAUCAGCAAAAUUCGUCCGGGCGCCUUUUGUUUUUUGUAUAACUGGUCCUGGACACCCAAGCUACGUCUACCGGAGAAGUCCGCCAUUAAUUUGCCACGGUUUAAAAAAAACAACAUUUUGCACAUAAAAAUCUUGCGUUGUGGCUUUAGCUCGCGUUAGCUAGGAAGGCUAAGUCCCGACUUCUCCCCCUCCCCAGCGGCCCGGCCGGAGAUGCGUGGAAGAUGUCGGUGUCGGGGCUGAAGGCCGAACUGAAGUUUUUGGAGUCCAUUUUUGAUCCGAACCACGAACGCUUCAGGAUCAUUGACUGGAAACCUGACGAGCUGAGCUGCCAGUUCAACGUGACUGGGGAAAAGCUAUUAAUUAUCCACUGUAAUAUAACGGAAUCUUAUCCAUCUACGCCGCCAAUAUGGUUUGUGGACUCUGAUGACCCGAGCUUGGCGCAAGUUUUGGAGAGGUUGGAGGAUGUGAGAAAAGGCAGCACCCUGCUUCUGCAGCAGUUGAAGAAACUCAUUUGUGAUCUUUGUCGGCUGUACAACCUUCCUCAACAUCCAGAUGUGGAGAUGUUGGACCAACCCCUGCCUGCAGGUCCUGUAGGACAAGACCGGAAGCAUGGGACAGAGGAGGUCACAUCUGAAGAAGAGGAGGAGGAGGAGAUGGGAGAGGACAUAGAGGAUCUGGACCACUAUGAAAUGAAAGAGGAGGAGCCUGUGGAUGGAAAGAAAUCCGAGGAUGAUGGCAUCGAGAAGGAGAAUUUGGCCAUCCUGGAGAAAAUUCGAAAGAACCAGAGGCAGGACCACUUAAAUGGAGCCGUGUCUGGUUCAGUGCAAGCCUCUGACCGCCUGAUGAAGGAGCUUAGAGAGAUCUACAGGUCUCAGAGUUACAAGACAGGCAUCUAUUCAGUCGAGCUUGUUAACGACAGCCUGUAUGAGUGGCACGUCAAACUAAGGACGGUGGAUCCAGAUAGCCCUUUACACAGCGAUUUACAAGUCCUAAAGGAAAAGGAAGGAAUGGAUUACAUUUUACUAAACUUCUCAUAUAAAGAUAAUUUCCCCUUUGAUCCACCUUUUGUCCGGGUGGUUUCGCCUGUGCUUUCUGGAGGUUAUGUUCUUGGAGGAGGUGCCCUGUGCAUGGAACUUCUCACCAAACAGGGUUGGAGCAGUGCCUAUUCCAUUGAGUCUGUCAUCAUGCAGAUCAAUGCCACUUUAGUCAAAGGAAAAGCCAGAGUGCAGUUUGGAGCCAAUAAGAACCAGUACAAUCUUGCCAGAGCACAGCAGUCCUACAAAUCCCUGGUUCAGAUCCAUGAAAAGAACGGCUGGUACACACCCCCUAAGGAAGACGGCUAAAACAGACUCCUGCCUUUCCUGCACUGGGACCACAUGUCUUCAAUUUCUUUUCUCCUUGCGACCAAUAUAUAUAUUUUUUAUCCUGCAAACCAUUUGUCUCUCUUACAUGAGAGUUUGAACUCCAAACCACAUUGCCCAUUCAGUGCCCACCCAGAAACUCACACACACACACACACACACACACACACACACACACACACACACACACACACGCUCCCCUCUGAAAUCUACAUCCAAGCUCAUCGGCUACUAGCAAUGGUAUCCUCUCCUCAAUAUUUAUCUCUGUACAUCUUUUGCCCGAUUCAAUCUUAAUUUUUCCAUUGCAACAUUCAUCCCAUACUCCAGGAAAACAACGGACUAAAUACCUCGCACUCACCCUUUGGUUUUGGCGUUCCGCAUGCCAAGGUUACUUGCUGGCUGUGAGUUGAAAGGUGCAGCAUGACUUUAUCCGCCAGGAGGGGCAGUCUGAUACUCCAGUAGCCGGACACUGCCUCUCUGGCCACAGACUGGAUCCCCGAUGUGACGCAGUGGUGGCUGGGAGGGACAUUUAAAUGCUGGUGGUGGAAGAACCACUAUCUUUUCUCUCCAAUGGACGUCCUCUGUAAUAUUGUGCUCAUGUAUUACCUUUGCAAUGCCAAGAUCCCUCCUCCGGAAUAACAUGCUUCUGGGGCGAGCUUGCUUUCAAACCUCUUUUUCUUUUAAAGCUUGAAGCCCUGAGGUGGGGAGGAAGAUAAAGAGAUUUUUGCAGCCGAGUUGGGACGGCACAUAACGAAGAACGGCAUCUUGCAGAGCUCCGAAGUUGGAGACCACUGUCAUCAUCACAACCAGCAACUGGGCAACUCCCCGCAGGAGAGGUUUGGCGUGUUGGCAACCCAAGAAACAUGACCAGGCGAGGCGGGGGCGUGUUUGGUUUGGAUCACACUGUAAUGUAGUUGAUUUUAACUUCACGUGUAAACAUGUAAAUUUGUAUUUCUGCAAAAGGAUUUAAUUGUUUAUAAUGUAACCUUGUCUGGGUCUUUGACUGGGCAAUGACUGUAUUACUAUAUACCCUUGACUAUUAACAGCAGGGGCACUGCAACUUCUCAAGACCCAUUUAGAAUAAGAAAAAGUUGCUUCAUGGAUACUCUUGCAGAAGGAAACAAUAGUACACCGUGAUCUUAUGUAAGCUUAAUGACUACUGCGGUUUUGUUCGUUUUUUUUUUUUUUAAUAUUGAUUUGUAACCCUCAUGUUAUUGGCAACAUCGACAGUACCAUUCCCUUUCUUUUUCUGACAGCGCCUCUUAACUACAAUGGCUGUAACAAUAACAACAUAGACGCAGCUGUUUCUGGCAUUCCAGAGGGUUGGCUAUUCAUAUCACUCAAACCGGAUGAACCUCAGUAAGGCUAUGCAGUGAAGAGACGGUUUCGGAGUUUUGUUGUUCUGAGGGAAAUUAGUCUUAUCGGCGUAGUCACCUGCUUAGUUCUUGUAGCUCGUUCACAUCCUGAGCACUUUGCCAAUCCUGGAGUUGUACCAGUUUGAAGGGGGGAAAAAAAAGUGACCUUUCCUUGACCUCACGGCUGGUUUUAAAAUGCAGCCCGAGUUUCAAAUUCACAGCAAUAGUCUCAACCUUAUACCUUCUGGCUUCGCACUUGGGAAGAUUGACUGGAGUCUGUUCCAUUUCCAGAAUAUUUGUGUACGUUUGAUCAAUAUUUGUUGAGAUUUGCCACAGGAGGGACCCAGCUCUUCCCAUUCCCACCGCUCUGGUUACUAUUCAUAACCACUCUCAGCACUGCUGUACCCCUCAGCGUGCUGGGUCUUUGAUGUAAUGUGAAUAAUAUGCAGAAAACUGUGUGGAGCAUUCCAAUUAAUGCAGUUACACGUUUGUUGUGGGUGUUCUAUUGUGUGGUUACUUGCAUUGUUUUAAGUAUAUUGUCCUGAAAACCAGCAUAGAAAGCUUAGUUAUGCUAAUUCAUAAAGUCAUUCCUCGUUUUUCUUUUAAGUUGAUUUGAUUUAGAUAUUUCUCAGUGAUACUGACCUCAGUCACAGCACCGAUAAUUCCAAAACCGGUACAGAUGGGUAUAAAUCCUCAAGCCUGUCCACAUUCAGCACAUGUCCGACGUUUGUUUCGACUUGCGUCCAUAACGAGGGUCACCCUCCUUCCUGCUUUCACCACAAAGCAGAAUCCCAACGUGACUCCAUCAUCGGCAUGGUUGUUAGCUGUUGUGAUGCCAUUGGUAAUGUACUAAUCACUUCAUUCUGGUCACUUUGUCGAGCCCGCCCCGGCAUUCUCUGGAGAAGCAAACUCAGGAAUACAUACUGCACACUCGACUUUGCUAAGGAUUGCUUCAGAAUAUCGUCACGAAGUGCAAGAUUGAAUGUGUCGGUCUUUCUUUUCUUUUUUUUUUGGGCCAUUUUAAUGAGACUCGUCUGUUUUACCAAAAGGCAUCGCCUAAGCUUUGCUGUCGAAUUCUAAAUACCUUUUUGAGGUUUAAAAAAAAAAAAAAGACAAAAAAAAUAAAUAAAUAGUUUUUGGGAAUCAGAUGUGGAGCGGGGGUUUGCUCCCACCUGCACUUGAUGAGGGGGUUCAGAACACAUCUGCCCUGUCUCUUUGAUAUUGCUGUAUUUUGCAUGUCAAUAUAUCAAUGGGUGUUUUACACCAAGCUACUGAAGACAAAGAGUGGUCGGGUAGGGUGAUAAAAAGACUAGAUGUAUCGGUUGUUCAUUGUUUACUUGUGGUUCCCUACAUCAGUGCACAGGGUAGUUUCUCCCUGCGCGCCGCUUAUUUAACCAGGUCAGAUACUAUGAGAGACGCAUGGACUUAACAAGACAUCCUACCUGCUCGGAUUACCUUUUUAAAGAGGCCAGGAAUCCCAACAAAAGUAGCAGUUCAGAUUCGUGUGCCAUCAGAACAAUAGUAAACCCACGUCUUUAACCUGACUUUUGGAACAACGGUGUACUCGAGACUUGUGCGCCGAGAAGCAGCUUCUCUCUCUCACCAACUCCUGUUGUCUGACUAACAAAAACCUUCUCUGCUUUGGCGAGCGACAUAUUGGUCUGAAUUGGCCUGAUCCUGGGUUCUUUACCUUGCUUCAUUAACUGCAGUGGCCGGGUUAUAAAGUUAUGCACUGUUAGCAUGCUUUGGUUUGGUUUCAUUUGUUUUUGUUUUUUCCAUUGCAAGGGUGAUUUUGACCAUGUAAAGUAAUUUGUAAACUUGCAUCAAGUUUAUAAAUAAAGAAUUUUAUGAAAUAUCACUUUA